UUUUUAUUUUACUCAACACUCUCAUUCUCUCUAAUCUGAGAGCCCUAAGCCGCCACCCUCUCCUCCUCUCACUCCAAUCCAUUAUUCUUCUUUUUCUUCGUUUCCUGAUUCCCCUCAACCUCUUUUCUUUGGUUCUCUCUCUCUGUUUGCUACCUCGGGGCCUCUCUUUUUUACUCAUGCCCUCCUGCUUCGAAACCAUCCCCACUUCACUCUCUCUUGGAAGAAUAGGUGACGGUGCUUGGCGGAGGCAGAGGCAAAGGUGAGGUCACGGGUUCGACGCUGCGUUGGUCUUCUUCUCCUCAGCACACGACGAAGGCAAGAUCUGUAUUCUUAUGAGCUUCUUCUGCAAUUUCUACUUAAGUCUCAAUCUACCACUGUACUUGGUAUUAUCAAAUGAGCAUAUCAACUUUCAAGUUUCUCCUGGACAGCCCAACUCAAUUUCUGAUGAUGCGGAGGCUGUUACAUUGACUGGAAGCAGCCAGGAUGCAGUCAGUCAGAUUAAUCAGAAGGAAAUACAUUGGGGGUUGCUGGAAGACUCUUUGGAAGAACUCUUGGAAAAGACUGGGGGUUUGCUUUCUGAUUCUAAAAAGGCAGAAGGAGAAACUAAAGAGUCGGAGUGGGAGGAAAAUAAGAUCACCAGAAGGAGGAAAGCAGGGCUCAUCAGUUAAAAAGCUGAAAAAAGACAAGGCAACGGGAGCAACAGGGAAAGCCACUCGUCCUGAGACAAACAUUGUAACUAUGGCACCAAGAGUCAAACCAGAGCUUCCUUUACCUACAAU